GGCAUCCAUAGUUCACGUAUGGCAUGCAGGAAAAGUGAAAGUCUGCUGGGGCAGACAAUUGCCGCUGAGGCCGUUCUUGUGCGGGGGUUGAAGGAACUCGUGUGAUUCUGUCGCCAUCAUGGACGCGCGGCCACAAGCGCAGCCAAUGGACUCGGAGGAGGCGCUGCUGGCUGCCCAGCAGAGUUUCGUCCGCAGCAUGGAGGCCUCAUCUGUGCAGCUCAAAGUAAAGCGGCCGGUACCAAAUCAGCCGCUGAAAGAUUCGGCUGCUGCCUCCGAGAAAGCCUUGUCGGGUGCACGAACUCCAAGGGUUUCUUGGUCGCCUGAGGUGGUGGACAAUGGAGGACCGACGGCGACAGAGGGCGGUGCCACGGCGAUCGGAACAAUUGCGUCCAGGGGGGCAGCUGGCACAAUUGCAGGAGGUGCGGGUGUAGGGGCUGCUACAAGGCCCAUCAAAGCAUUCUCCGCUCGUCCGACAGGCCCGUCAUUCCGCAAGGAAAGUGGUGCUGCUGGAGAUGCCCCCGAUGAGCCACGUGCCAGGGUAGGGGCUGGGGCAGAUCUGACGGCCGGCGAUGAUGUCUCUGACGAUGAGAGUCUGGAAAGGGGCGAUGGGGGUGGUGCAGACCCCAUGUCAGAAUCGGUGGAUCGCCCCCCGUACGAGCCGCUGCCCACCGUGGGUGCCAUCAAAGAGAAGGGCUAUGGAGGGGCAGGCGCCAAAGACGCCGGCUUUGUCGCCCAAGUGCCGGCACCCCAAGCAACACCCUUCCCGGAAGCAAGGCAUCGCUCGGAGGGGCCGCACUGGGCCCCUGUCCCCCAGGUGGUGCUGGAGCGCCUCCAACCAGAGGCGGACAGCUCACCUCCAUUCGACCCAGCCAUGGCCAUCCCCCUCUCUCGACCAGACCCUGCCCACAAGAAGGCAGCGAUGAGCAAGUUCCGUCAAGCUAUGCUCGAUAGUCGCAAGACGGGGGAGCCGAACAGUCAGCCCAAGGAUCAGCGGCGGGUGAUAGCUGGUCCAAAGGGGGAAGUUGCCAGGGCGCAGGCUGCCAAUAGAGGCGACACCUUUGAGGGGGCAAAUAUUCGAGCGAGUGCGGGCAAUGAGGAAAGCCGGUUGGACACGAGUUAUGGUAAGCAAGCAGCGCUGAGAAGCCGCAGUGGGGGGGAAGGCACCGUAGUGGAGCAAUCUGGAGCUCCUGCGCCUUCUUUGGAGGAGGAAGCAAUUGACAGGGAGAAUCGUGCACGUUUGGCGGGGAUGUCAGCGGCCGAGGUGGCGGCAGAGCAGGCGGAGCUGCAGCAGAUGCUGCCACCUGGCGUACUCGAGGCGCUCCGCAAAAGGGGGGCCAGGAAACUGGGGGCUGGGGGACAUGACGAAGCGAGGAGCUCUUUGGUGGAAAAGAAGCUUGAUAUUAGCCAGGAGUUAGAAGAGACCAGCGCCGUUAAGAGUGCAGGCGCAAGGACAGAGAAGCCCCCGCUCCGACGGCAGCCCACUCCUCUGCCUGGCGCCAUUCCAUCAGUGCAAAAAGGGCCGCCAGUCAGCCUCGGGGCAAUUUCUGAGGAUGGGGGGGUAGAAGUGGCAUCAGGCGACACAGCAAUUGGUAUUUCUCGUGGGAAAGAAGAUCUGAAGGCACCGCCAGAACGGGUAACCCCGGCAGAAGGAACACCUUUGCGGAGGCAACCCACGCCUCUUCCUGGCGCGAUUCCGAAAGCAGUCAAGUCCGGAGGGGCAACUUUAGAUUCUCUCGCAGAAGACGAGGGGGAGACGGGGGACGACAGCGGUGCAGGGUCAAGAAGCACGGGAGAACGGCUGUUACGGCAGCCCACGCCGAUGCCGGGUGCGAUCCUGCAGCACACCCCGCAGCGGAAACCGGAAUUGGGCGUCCUCAUUGAAGAGGAUGGGGACGAACCGGCGGCUGACGAGAUGGAGGAAGGCUUGCUCAGCACGGAGGAGGAGGUCAGUGGGCCGGAGGGCGCAUCGGUAGGGAGAGCGGACGAGCUUCAAGGGGCGUUGGCUAGACAGCCGACUCCUCUGCCUGGCGCUAUUCCUGUCGUCAAAGGUUUGCGCGAGCCUGUUCUCGCUCCUUUGGAGGAAAGCCCCGAGGAUGAGGAAGACGAAGCACGGGCGGAGGUGUGCAGUGCAGGCGCCGCGGGGACCAGUGGACGCUUGGCGCGGCAGCCGACGCCUCUGCCGGGGGCCAUUCCGAGUCCGCGCACGAAGCCCGGGGCUGCGCUGGCGACUUUAGAGGAAGAAGAGGGCGAGGAGGAUACGGGCGAAGAGAGAGAGGAGCGGCCUCCGGGACAACCAACGGACCCUGUGCCAAGCAGCAGCGGGGUCCCUGAGCCAAGCUUGCAUUCCGCUUCGGAAUCUGAAAGAGAGCCGGGCGCCAAAGGGGUGUCCGCGUCCUCUUUCUCACACGCUGAGCCUCGUGUGUCUCCGCUGAUGUUCGCACCGGUCAAUGCGUCCGACAUGCGCUUCGACCUCGAUGGGGCGCUCCUCGCGCCGGAGCCCGGCGGGCCGGGCAGUGCUGACGUUACCACGAAGGUGGCGGAGCGCGACAUCCUGCGGAGCGAGGGGGAUCCCUCAGGUACGGGGUACUCGCUGCAGGAGGCUGCGAAGCUGGCGCGCAGCACGGUGCCGAGUCAGCGGGCGGCCGCCCUGCGCUUGAUUGCAGGGGUGCUGAGGAAGGCUGUAGGUGGGAUGCAUGGUGGAGAGGGGGCGGAAAGUGACGAAAGGGGGCUCUGGAGGGGCGUGUGGGCUCGAGUGUGGGCGUAUGCGCUGGGGCCAAAUUUGCAGUUGGCAGUCGUGCUCAGGUCUGCUCUGGACGACUCCCAUGCGACGGUGCUCGCCGCGGCCGCGCACGCGCUGCUGGCGCUGCUGACGGGCGUCGAGAACGAAACCAAUUUUGAAGAUGCGGAGGCGGUUUGGAGAAGCCCACACGAGUCUGCGUCACUAUUUACGGGGCCAUGCGACCGCUCGUCGGGUGUUCUGACGGCGGGGGUGAGCAGUUGGGGCCGGUGGGCGGCCCGAGCGAGCGUGGACACAAGUGCGGCCGCGGAGGGCGACGAAGUGCGCGAAGAGACGGUGGGCGACGAUGCGCGGGUGGCCGCUGGUGACGUGGUGGUGGGGCUGAUCCGCAUGGGCAUCCUGCCCCGCAUCAGAUUUAUCCUUGAGGUCCUGAGCCUGCCCGCCCUGGACGAGCCCCUCUUGGCCACGCUGGUGACCCUAGCCCGCCACUCGGCCGCGGCAGCCCGCGCGGUCCGCGACUGCCCGCGGCUGCUGCCCACGCUGCGGGGCAUCUUCGUGGGCGUGCUCGCGCCUGCAGUGCGCUCCCCGAUACCCAGCCACACCGCGCAGGAGACGGCGGUCAAGCUGCUCACGAUGCUGUGCCUGGCAGACCGUGCCUCUGCCGCCCUGGUUUCCGAUACGGGCCUCCUCUCGUUGGCCAAGCGCCACCUUGUGUCCCGGCCCCGCGCACCCCUCCGCUUCCCGCCCGCCUUCUCACGAGUGCUCCGCCUCUGGCGCACCUGUGCGCUGUACGGCCGGGGGGGCGGCUCUCUCUCGGACUACUACGGCGCCCUUGCGGUUGUCCUCGAGCCGCCGGCGGGGGACAGAGCCGCUGCAGAAGCAGCCCCCUGGGGAGAAAGCGCUGAGGCAUACCUGCUCUUGGAGGCGUUAGCUCGGACGUUGCCGAGUGGUCGGGAAGACGAGUCGGCGGACGAGGAGCGAGCGGAGGUGCUUUUGGACUGGGCAACGGUUGGGCCUCUGGUUGAGACGGCCACAAAAUGGCUGAGCCCCGGGGUACUGGGGGCGCUUCCUGAGACGCGGACAAGCCCAGGUGGUGCCGCCCCCUUGCACGCGCUGGCAGCAGCCGUGCACUUCCUGGCGACCGUCGCGGAGAGGAACGCGGGGCAGCUAGGUCGCCUCGAAAGGGCCCUGGUCGACGCUCUGCUCGUCGAGGGGGGAGGCCUUCGCACCGCUGCUUCGCAUACCAGCCCCAGUAGGGAGGGCAAACGUCCGGUGGGCGACGAUCCCAGAACGGAGCGCGAGGUCGCGGCUUCUGGUCGAGUCAGUUAUUUCGAGUUUCUCAGCGAGAGGGUCGCUCUAGGGGGAAACGACGAUGGGGGCACCCUGGCAGCAGCCUCGUGCCUGCAGGGCCUGCUCAGGCUGACGUCAGCGCUUGCCGCAAGGGAGAGACUGGGCGCCACGGCAGCAGAAAGAGCAGCCGGGCCUAUUCUUGCUGGACGAAGCGGUACCGCACUGGAGGCGGGGGGGGACAAAAGCAGUCUGUCCAGCAUCGAGGGACAAAUGAUGCUAUCUUUUGGCGGCCUGGCUGAGCGGCUGACUGAUGUGCUGGUGCGGGGCGGCGCUUGGGAGGUGCAGGAGGAGGAGCAGCGCCCGGCGGCUGCGGGCCUGGGGCUGGGCUGGGGGCUGCCCGCCCGGGGGGUGUGGGGGGAGGGGCUGGCAGUGCGGAGAGCGAGGGCGGGGCUGCUUGCCUCGCUGUACGAGACGUUCCCGUUGAACAGCGUAGGAAAGGGAGAUGUCAGUGCGCAAAGUGCUGCGGCAGUGCCGGAACCUUCCACAAGUGGACGCGACACGGCUGCAGAGGGUAAGGUCGGUGGAGCAGCCUCGAGACAGGCGAUACGACGCCUCAGAGCGGCUUUGGCUGCCAUCAGAACGAUGGGGCCCGGGAACUUCGAGUCGGUGCUGGCGCUCCUCUCGUCCGCUAUCUUGAGCACGGACGUUCUAGAGGUGCUUCUGGCCGAGGGGGGGGCUCUCCUGCAGAGCGUCCGCAGCGGCAGUCAGAGCGGUCGGGGGAGUCUGCCGAGUGCAGCGGAGGUGCGGCGGGUGCUUCUGCCCCACUUUGCUGGCCAGUGGCUCGGCCGGUGGACCGACGAAUCUGACGAGGGCGGCGGUGCAGAUGGUUGGGACAUUGAGACGGAAGUGAACAGGCUGUUAGACGCAGACGGGACUUCCGAAAGGGCACAGGCCUCGGAAGGUCGUUCUGGUGGUUCAUUAUCAGGCCGCAUAAACCUAGAGCCAAGUAGGACAAGUACGAGCGGACCGGGGGCAGCGCUCGCAGUUUCCAUCUCCGGCCAGAAGCUUCUCCUCCCGGCUGACUGGCUACUCAGCCCCACCGCUGUCGCCGCCCAGCUGAGCUCGAGCGCCGUUUCGGAAGAAGGCAGCGGCGACAUUGAGGACGGUGUGAAGCAGCUCGUGCGGGCGGGCCUGGCCCUGCUGCUCGGCUUGGAAGCGUGCGAACGUCUAGAGCGUCCCGAAGGGCAGAGCAAGGAUAGCAAGAGCGGUGGACACCUUUUGGGGGUCCCGCUGGUCAGGAAGCUGCACGCGCUGAGCGAGGCGUUCCUGGCCGCAGGAGAGCUGUUCCUGGAUAGCGACGUAGCGCCGCUGCUGCAGGCACUGCAGGAGCUGUAUGGGCGAGAACUUCCGCCGGUUCCGGCAGAUGAGAAUGCUGCAAGCGCAGAUGCAGCACCCGAGGCGCCUCCGAGCGACAAUUCAGCAAUGUCUGGCCGCCGGGAUCAGCGAGCGCUCGACUUUGCGGUGGCUACGGGGGCGCCCUACGAGGGCUUUGCCGAGGGCCUGGCGGAGCAGUUCGCGGCCACUUCGUUUGGGGACCCCGCUUUUGGCCGCCAGGUGGUGCUGCUGCUUCGAGAGGAUGUGACACCUGGCGCUCUGCGAUUGGUGGUCUGGAAGGCUCUGGCAGAUGCACGAGCGCUGCAUCUGCUACCGCCUGCCAGGGACUGCCUGGGCGAUCCGCGUGCGUACCUCCCUGCUUUAGCGGCGGAAAAGGACGCCCUCGAGCAGUACGCGGCCGCCCUGCGUUCCGGUGCGCUCGACCGGACCAUCGCCCUCGGGCCGGAGGGCAUGUCCGUGACCGCUCUCAUUGCGCUGCACCAUCUGGGCGCCGCCCUCGACGACACCGCAGGCCCGCCGGGUGAGAAUGGGGGCCGGGGGGCCGGAAGCAGCGCCCCAAGCAGCGCACCGGGGCCUGUUCACACCGAUGACGGCGGGAGGGAGCGGCAAGAGCCCGGCGCUGCUGGCGGGGCGGAGGCGGAGAAGAAGCGCGGGGUGCAGGGGCUUGUGCAGGGCUGGCUCUGGAGUGCCGCGCAGGGCCGCUGCGAUGCGAACACGGUCGCUGCUUUUGUGGCGCACGCCCCGGCCUCCCCUGACUCCGUGAGCGGCAGCCGGCGCAGCAGCCGCCGCGUGGCCGCCCUUGUCGAGGCAGCGGGGGGGGACAGCACGCUCGUGUCUCUGCUGCAAGGUCUGGGGAUGGUGGACCCGGGCCGGGAGUCUGCGGCAGUGACGGAAUAAGCUGCAGCACUGUACGAACUUAUUUCUAGGUGGCUGAACGAUGGGCCAGAGCCCGACCGCGUCAAAUUGCAUAGCUAUAGAGAUGCACAAUCAUGCUGCUCUUCACAGCAUGAUUGGGAAGACUGUGGAAAGUCAUACUGCUUUCCACAUUAAAAUGGCUGUGGGCCCGUAGCUUCCUUCCAGGCAUGGAAAGCCGUUAGAAACAGUACCAGAUUACGUAGUGCCCUUGUCCGUUGUCAGAU